GGGCAAUGUGGGCAUUCCCCGCAUUUAACGACCACCACCUGUCCCUUCUUCUUCUGCCAAGCGCUGAGUUGUCGAGCAUCCAAAUGAAAUCAACUGAGCAGAAGCUCUCUCAGUGUCCGUGAAGCGCCGCAUCCGCCAAAUCAAGCCCCGACAAAUCCCCACCGCACUCUCGCGGCGCCGCCGCCGCCGAAUGUUUUUCUCUCUCAUCCUCUUCCCCUUGGCCGUUUUUGAGCUGAAGAGUGGUGAUGUAAUGGAGCUUGUUCAUCUUUAACUACUUAUAGAUUUACCAUUCGUGACUGUUGUCCCUGUUUACCAGUAGUUAAUGAGAGUGACUUGAGUUUGACUCGUAAUUAUUUUGGGAAAUCUGCUACUCAGAAAACAGAACUCCUAGAUUGGAGUGAAAAUGGCGUCGUGGGAGCAUUUGGGGGACAUAGCAACUGUUGCCCAACUUACAGGGGUCGAUGCGUUGAAGCUAAUUGGAAUGAUAGUGAAAGCAGCAAGCACGGCAAAGAUGCACAAGAAAAAUUGUAGGCAGUUUGCACAGCAUCUCAAGUUAAUUGGUAAUUUGUUGGAGCAGCUCAAGCUAUCUGAGCUUAAGAAGUAUCCAGAAACCAGUGAGCCAUUAGAACUGUUUGAGGAUGCAUUGAGGAGGUCCUAUAUUCUGGUUAACAGUUGCCAAGACCGGAGCUAUCUGUAUCUAUUGGCUAUGGGGUGGAACAUUGUGUACCAGUUCAGGAGGGCUCAGAGUGAGAUAGACAGAUAUCUGAAGAUCAUCCCCUUGAUUACCCUUGUGGACAAUGCUCGAGUCAGGGAGAGGUUGGAGAUUAUUGAAAGGGAUCAGAGAGAAUACACACUGGAUGAUGAAGACAUGAAGGUGCAACAAGUCAUAAUGAAGCCAGAACCCUCUAAAGAUGAUACUUUUGUAUUGAAGAAAACACUUUCUUGUUCCUACCCAAGCAUGCCAAUCGAUGAGGCAAUUCGGAAAGAAAAUGAAAAACUUCGUAUAGAGCUGCAACAUUCACAAGCUAAUUUAGAUGUAAAUCACUGUGAAUUCAUUCAGCAUCUUCUUGAUGUCACAGAAGUUGUUGCUGCUACUUCCCUUCCUGACAAAAGUUCGCUGGCUAAACCUCUCAAGGUGGAGCAUGGCUAUUCUGAUGUUGAUAGUAAUAAGGAAACUUAUGAUGAAAGUUACAGAGCGAGUAAUGAUAAAAAAUCAACUUCAAGAAACACUUCUUCAGUUUCAUCCAAACAGGACUUGUUAUAUUCUAAGGACUCACAUGGAUACGAAGGAUGGCAUUCAGAUCUUUUGGGCUGUUGUUCAGAACCACUUCUCUGCAUAAAAACCUCAAUAUUUCCUUGCGGGACAUUUUCUAGAAUUGCCACUGCAGCAACCAACAAACAUAUUUCUUCGACGGAAGCAUGUAAUGAAUUGAUGGCAUACUCUUUAAUAUUGUCCUGUUGCUGCUACACAUGUUGCAUAAGAAGGAAGCUGCGGAAACAGCUAAGCAUCAAGGGAGGGUUGAUUGAUGAUUUCCUCUCACAUAUGAUGUGCUGUUGCUGUGCCUUGGUGCAAGAACAUCGGGAACUUCAGAUUCGUGGAAUUGAUGGCAUACCGAAGGUGAAAACGAGCCCUCCUCCCACUCAAACCAUGGAAUCCUAAACGCUUUGGUUGUAUCUGGAAAGUAUGACACGCAUUUCAAGACCUAUCUGAUUUAAAAAUAAUAGAGAAUGUAAUUCAUGAUUUAUAACAUAUCACUAGAGACAAUAGAGCUAGCAACAGCAGUAUGUACUAGCUACUCUUUUGUUUAGAAAUCUUCAUGCCUCCCUCUCCAUGUGUAUGUGUGAGGAAUGAUGAGAACUAACAGAUUUGGCUGCAUCAUGUAAAUAUAAAAUAUGAUAUGAU